AUGUGAAUCUGAAACUGAAUGUGAAAUCUACAUGAGGAUCAAGUGUCCUGACUCUCAAUCUCAAGGAAAACGGAUGUUGUUUGUGACUGAGAGGCUCAGGUGAAGUGCACAGAAACCCACCUGAAGACAGAAGAUCUGAAGGCUUGUGACCAGACCUUCUCCUUGUGAGAUCGGACACUUCACUGAUAUGAAACUGAAAGUGCUUCAGUUUGCCCUAAGAAACAGCACCUUGAAAAAGUGAGGAGGACUUCAAAUAAUGCAAAGAAGUGGAGAGGAUGUGAAGUAGUAUAUUUAUUCUCAAUGAUUCAUCUCUAUUCAGGAUAAUGUAGGAUUCAUUCAGGUUAUCCUCUUUGGGCUCUGCGUGUGAGAAAACUUAAGGAAAAGUCCCAGCAGAGGAAACGUGUGUGAAACAUGGAUGCAAUUAGGUUUCCCGACUUUUUUGAUGAUAAAAACCAUUGGGAUCACACAUCUCGAAGUCUUUACUUUUUCAGAUGAGUCCAGUUUCAGAUCUCAAGAAGUUAUUUUGUGACACCUGACAAAGACCUAAAAUGCAGAAGUCAUACAGGAAGCUGUCCCUGUGCCAGGCCCUCUCCCUCAUAACACUGCUGUUGUCUCCAGGUUGCCUGUCCUCUCUGCCUUCAUCCAGACGAGUAGAGCUGGGAGGUGAGAGACCACAGAUGCAUGGUCAAAUACAUUUCAUGAACGAGUGGGCCUUGUGGGGCGGGUGGUCCGUGUGUUCCCGCUCCUGUGGGGGAGGGGCCUCUGUCCGUACACGCACCUGCAUCACCAGAAAUCUGGUUGGAGGGCCUUGCUCGGGGGACACCAGGCAAUACAAGAUCUGCAACACAAAGGAGUGUCCUGCUGACUCAAUGGACUUCAGAGAACUGCAGUGUAAAGCUUUCAAUGACAGACCCCUGGUCGCUGGCAGCAGUUACCGUUGGACUACCUUUCAUGGAGGAUCUGACCCAUGUGAGCUCAGCUGCCUGGCGAUUGGACACAACUUCUACUACAACUUUGGGCGGGUUCUUGAUGGCACUCCAUGCCAGUCAGAUCAGGGGACAGUCUGUGUGAAUGGAAAGUGUCUGAAGCCAGGAUGUGACUUGAUCUUUGGAUCUGAGCAGCAGGAGGACGCCUGCAUGGUGUGUGGAGGCCACAACUCAACCUGCCUUCAUCACAGAAGUGUUUAUCAAAGCAACGGGCAGAACAACGGACUGUUUGGGUACAGUGAGGUCACUAUGAUCCCGGCCGGAGCCACACACAUCAGAGUGACUGAUAACAGCAGAAACUAUCUAGCGCUCCAGAAUGGGCGCUCUCAGUUUGUGAUCAAUGGGAACUGGAAGAUCAAUGUUCCUGGGGAGUACAGUGUUGCAGGAACCAAACUUCAGUACCGGCGCUCUGCUGAUACCUGGGAGAGCUUCGAAGUUCCAGGACCUACUCAGGAGGACAUACACAUCAUGGUCUUGUCCACUGAUAAGAUCUCUGGGAUUGAAUAUGAGUACUGGCUGCCUCCAGACCGUUAUGCCCUGUAUCAUGGGAGACGUCAGCUUCGCCAGCCUCAUCACACGUCAAACCACUUGCCCUUUGAUCUUCCAGUCACGACGACUACCACUACUACAACCACAACCACCACCACAACACAGCCAAUCACAAAAGCUCAUUUCUGGGGUCCUGCUGCUCACUGGCCUCUCCAACCCCCCUAUCAACAGCAGCCAGUCCCACGUUUGGAAAGAGAUGAAAACCGCAGGAACCGACUGCCUGCAAUACACCGUAGAGCCCACUGUGGGAAAUGUCGCCGGGUACGAGGGAAAGGUGAGCGCCAGAGACAGUAUUGCCAAAAAGAUUUUGUAUUUCGAGCAAAAGUGCUGGAAAAAGUCUAUCAUGGUGAGGAGACCCGCUAUGACGUCCAAAUCAUCCACACAUACCGCAACCGUUUUCGUCUGGAGCACCGGGAGUUCCUGUGGGCACCGAACAGAUGUGACUGUCCCUUUCUGGAAGAGGGGCAUCAGUAUGUGUUGAUGCUGCGAAGGCAUAUUAAUUAUGAAAACACUCUCAAUCGCAUUCUGUUGGAGGAGGACAGCUAUGCUCAGCCCUAUCGAGCACGUGAGCACAGCCUGCUGCGCCCCCUAGAGGAGCUCUGCGGUAACAGGGGCACCAGGACUCCGUUCAGGGGGUAAACACAGGGACGAUCACACUCUCACUGCACACGUAUUCUGAAGUUCACUCUUGUGCCAAAAAACAAGGUGCAGAAUUGAAGAUCAAUGAUGAUUUUACUAAAGCAUUUUGCAUUCCUCAAUAAGGACAGUGGACACUUUGCCACGAUGAAUUAUGUCCGAGGGGGCAUGAGGCAAACCAAAGCAAAGAGAGUCACUAAAUGAAGCACUUUAGGUGGACAGUCACCUUCUAAAACGUAUACACCAAAGUAAAUAUUAUACGCAGAAUCUAUGAUGCCUUUUCUAGCACCACGUGUUUGUUAAUGGCAUAAAAUCACUUGAUGGCAUGUAUAUCUUUAUCAUGUGCAUUUUGAUGUUGUUUUUAUAUAUGUAUUUAUAUAAGCUGACAGUAUUUCUAGAGGAAACCUUGAUUUAUAUAUCGCCUUAUAAUUUUGAAUGUUUUACCGUUAAUAUUUUUGCUCUUAUAAACCGUUAUAAAGUCUA